CUCGCUGCCAUGAUGCGGACCGCUUCUUGCACUCCGUCACUGGCACCCCUCCUUGCAAGAAUGUGAGUCCGGCUCGGGACCCACGCGUCAUAACUCCUGUUUUUGCGGAAAUUAUCGGAAUAUCACACCUGUGAUUUUUCAGCAAAACCUUCUUGCAAGUGUAUCAUGUCUAGGCGAAAGGUGAGAGGCCUGACCAGGAUGGGGCGCCAGGUCAGCGAGGACCCAGACCUGGAUAGCCUGCUGUCCACCCUGUCCCCUGAAGAGAUGGAGGAGCUGGAGAAGGACAUGAUGAAGGUGCCUGACCUCAACCCAGAGGACGGGAAGGUUAUCGUUCAGGGGGAACCUGCCAGCAACCACAAGGGGGACGCAAAGCGACGUCAAGAGGAGACACUGGAGCUCGAGUCGAAGAAGGAAAGCCUGAAGAAGAUGGGCCCCAGCCAGGAGGGCAAUGAAAACAUCAAAGGACAAAGACAAGGAGACACCGACACCAAAGACAGGAACACUAAAGGUCCGGAAGUCUUGAAACAGGAGCGAGGUCGGGUUUCGAAUAGAUUCAUGAAGCAGGAGAGUGCAGAGAGCGACCUGAAGGACAGAUGUGAGGACAACAGGACGAGGGACAGGAAAGCGAACCACGAGAGCACCGCCAGCAAAACGAAGGACGUGGUCUCCAAGAUACAGGAAAAGAAGGAGGACAGCAGGGAGAAGGACUGCAGGAGGCGGGACGACAGCAAAACCAAGGACAUCAUCUCCAAGCUGCGAGAGAAGAGCGAGAAGGAAGUUGGGAAGGACAGGGAGCGCAGGUCCGAGAGCAUCAGGACGCAGGGACUGGUUUCUAGGAUGUUGGAGAAGCAAAGCAAAGCCCAGGAGAACCAGGUUCUCGAAGAGAAGAAAGCUGAAGAAAAGAAGAUUACUCGUAAGGUAGAACGACAGGCAUCCCAGAGGGAGGAGAAAGUUGGAAAAGAUGGAGAAGAACUGUUCAACCACAGAGACCCUGUCAAAGAGAAGAAGAUGGAGAGUGUCGAAGUCAAAACUGAGGAGAAACUUGGCAAUUGUGUCGCCCAAAACGCCAGAACAAAUGAGCAGGAGGACGACGACGACGAAGACUCCAGCAUGUUCGACGAGCUGAUGGAGCAGCUCCGACGCGACGAACCGUCACUCGUUGAGCUCAACGUCAACAAUUCCGAGGUCAUCAAGACCAAGACGCUCAUGGAGUUUGCCGAGGCGCUGCACGGCAACACCCACGUCAAGAAGGUGGCGCUGGCCAACUGCCGCGCCGACGACCAUGUCGCGUACGCCAUCGCCGGCACGCUGCGCCACAACACCACCAUCACCAGCAUCAACCUGGACUCCAACCAUCUCACCGGAAAGGGCAUCCUGGCACUCAUCCAGGCGCUGCAGCACAAUGCCACCCUCACCGAGCUACGCUUUCACAACCAGCGCCACAUCUGCGGCGGAAAGACUGAAAUGGAAAUGAUCAAGAUCCUGAAGGAGAACACGACCUUACUCAAACUGGGCUACCACUUUGAGCUGGCUGGGCCCAGGAUGACCACCACCAACAUCCUCAGUCGCAAUAUGGACCGGCAGCGGCAGAAGCGCCUGCAGGAGCAGAAGCAGGCACAGGCCAACAACGGUGACAAGAAGGAGGCGCUGGAGGUACCCAAGGUGGGCAGCGGGGGAUCUUUGAGGUGCUCCCCUAAGGCGUCCCCUAAACCAUCCCCUAUGGCAUCGCCAAUGCCUUCGCCCAAGCUGAGCCCCAAGAAGGGUGCUGGGGCUCCUCCGCCACCUCCGCCCCCACCCCCACCUGGGGGAGGGCCUCCGCCCCCUCCACCUCUCAUGCUGGAAGUAGACUCCUUGAGGAAUUCCCUGACUCCGGUGUCGCGGAGGAGCCUGGACGGGAAGGGCCGAGGUGCUUGCAGGAACUCAAGGGACCAACUGCUAGCCUCCAUCAGGGGGAGCAACAUCAAGCAGCUCAAGAAGGUGCCAGUCCCCAAGUGGCUCCAGUAGGUUUUCCUGGGGGGAUCUGGAAAAGAAAGCAGGAGAUAAACCGUUCCUCCAGGAUGUGGCCCGAGAGCCAACAAUGAAGGAUGGAGGAUGAAGCUGCCCAUUUUUUACAGACACUGGACCAAAAGGACUUUGCGGAGAACGCGCGCCGCUAGAGGGGGUGGGCUCCCCACUUGUAGCCUGCAGAGAGCUUGUUUGUGGUCUUGGACGCUUUUGCUGGUUCUUUGCACUAGUAGGUGAUAUAUGAAGAUGGCCGUGUUGGCGUGUCAAUGUGGGAGUGCCUGACGCAACACUCCAUAACUUUUUAUACAACUUGUAACACACACAAAAGUCAUUUUAGUACUUUUAUUUAUUCAUGGAUCUGCCUUUUAAGUGUCAGGGAAUACAACAAACACUAUGACCCCACUUAAAAACACAACAUAAUUUAGAUUUUGAUUGUGCGUCUCAUGUCCAAAUAUCAACAAAUCUCAGGCAAAGUUGAUUUGGAAACUUUAACUUUAAUUACACAGUACAUGCUUAAUUAUCAGUAUUAUCAGGAAGCACAAUAACUGUCCAGUGCUUUUUGUUUGUACAGAAUAAUUCUAGCUGGCGUGAUACUUUCAUGUAAUCUCUAUCUAAGUGUUUUCUCUCAUUUGCAACCUUUCUUACAGAGCCUGUACAAUAAAAAUGUUUGCAAUGUCUGUAUUGACUAAACCACCAAUGUGCCUCUUUACAUUACUGUCAUUGUACAAUGUAUUCAAAUCCAACAACGAAAUUAAGAAACAUUUGAAAAGGUUACAGAAAAUUUGGGAAUGUAAGGAAAAACAUUGUCAACAAAACAUGACAAAAAAUGUUAGAAAAGGUUUGGAUUACAAAAGGGGAAAACAUUCUAAAAUUUAGAGGUAAAAAAAACCCAAAAGCAUUUGAAAAUGUAGAAAAGUUGGAAUAUAAAAAAGAAAAUUGUAAAUGUCAAAAGAUUUUUGGAUAGAAAUGUUAUGGUGGAAAAACAAAAAACAUUCAAAAAUGUAGAAAGGCUUGGAAUCUGAAAAAAACGAGUAAAUGUCCAAAUAUUUUGAGAUAAAAAAUGCUAGACUUUAAAAACAAAAAAAAAAUGAAAAUUGCGGAAAAAAUGGAACGUGUAAAAUUUGGGGAUAAAAAAUGUUAUGGUGGAAAAACAAAAAACAUUUGAAAAUGUAGAAAACUUUGGAAUCUCAAGACAAAAAAAUGGAAAUAUCAAAAAUUUUGGGAUGACAAAUGUUAGGGUUAAAAAACAAAAAAAAUUGAAACUGUACAAAAGUUUGAAUAUGAAAAAAAUGUUGGGGUAAAAAGUAAUUCAGGGUGUCAAACCAGCAAUAAAAAUAUAUUUGUAAAUGUUGUAGAAAAGUUUGGAAUAUAAAAUAUAAAAUGUCUAAAAAAGUCUUGGGUGUAAAAAUAACACACAAAAAAAUUUAAAUGUAGGAAAGUUUGCAAUAUAUAAAAAACAGUAGAAAAUUUUGAAAAGGCAAAAAAAAAACAACAACUGAAAAUGUCUCAAAUUUGGCGAUUUGUUAGGGUGUAAAAACAACAAAAAAUUUGACAUUUAUAACAUUUUAGAAAACAUUUGGUUGGAACUGAAAAACAAAAUUGGCUGUGGACAUUCAUUUCUAUUUUCUGCAUUUUGGCUGGGUGACUGUAUCUCUGUGGAUUGAUACACAUACCAGGUACUCGGUAAAGAGCAAAAUCAAAAUGUAUUGUUUUGGUUGCUGUGUGUUUGCAGGACUGUGCAAAAAAAACAUACCCAACAGUGCCAAGAAUUUAUGUGAGUAUCUGGAUAAAGUGUGUUUACAGGAAUGUAUCUUGACUAGUGUCUUGUGGGAAGCAGCCAUCAUGGCGCGGAGAGCAUGGAGACAAGCAGAAUGGCAGCAAGAGUACAGUUUACGUCUGACUUGUGCGGCCUUAGCCCUCGACAGCCAUGAAAUGUCUAUAUUUGGUCAUUUCUCCAGGAAGGCUCGCUCAGCAAUUCAUUCCUUUCUUGUUCCUAAUAACGGGCUGCAGGCCAAAGAGGUCUGUCGCUACACUGUGGCUACAGCAGCAACGAUAGUGAAAGAAUGAAAAACAUGGACAUUUUGGAUUAUUUGUAUGGGCUGUGUUUGUUGUGUUAUGACAUUCCAUGAAAAUACUAAUUGUCAUAAACUCUUAAGUCAUUACAUAAAUACUUUAUUUCUAUUCUAAAACUGGAUAAAUUGCUCAAUGUGGGAAAGGCCGCACGGUGGCCUAGUGGUUAGCUUGCUGGCCACACAGGAGAUUGGGAUUGGUUCGUUGGGCAUCUCUGUGUGGAGUUUGCAUGUUCUCCCUGUGCGUGCGUGGGUUUUCUCCGGGUACUCCGGUUUC